AUGUCAACUCUCAAAUUCAUUAAGACCCGUCAGAGCAUCACACUUGUAUUUGAAAGAAAUAGAUGGCUAUUUCCGCGACGGAUUGACCAUGGGGUCAAUCCGUCGCUUUGGGUUUCGUAUGGAAUCACAAUAUCUGACAUAAAUGACAAUGUGACCGUUUGGGACUUGUUCUCGGUAAUCACCAGGGACCACCCCGCUCCAUCAUCUGCAAAUAAAGGGGGGGAUCAAGUUGAAUCAGACGUGUGUCUGCUAGUCAUGUUUUGCAGUAUCUACCGGAUGCGAUUUAUAUUCGAUGCCAAUUAUCAAGGACAGGUCUCCAAUAGAUUCCCUAAGGCUCCAUUCUCCGCCGCUAGGGUGGGUACCAUCUCCUCUAGGUAUAGAGACUGUUGUGCCUCGCUUUUGUCAAUAAGAUUCUUCCUUCGCAUCAUAGGAUCUGAAAAUCUUGACGAGGUUCCAGCCUGGAUUACCUAUGAACCCGUUGCACUGGAUCUCAUUAGAAUGAGUAGGACAGGAGAGGAGGCAGGGGACGGAACAUCUUAUUUCCCCUAUCAAUCGGAUAUGGGGUUAGUAAAGAAAUCAGCAUAUUCCACCGUGAUAAAUCCAUCUUACUUCUUCUUUGUCCAUGGUGUGGGUGCUCUAUUGGGACUCGAAAGAUCCAGGCACGCCAGAAUGAACCUGUAG